UCAAGUUGCGUCAGAAAAAAUCGGAGAAACAAUCUGCUGCUGUCACCACUCUGCUCAGAGUUCAUGAAUUCAUUCAUAAAUCUUCUUACAAUCUCAAACGCCAAAGUCUUUGUUCUUCUAAAGAUUAGUUUCCUUCUUACUCUUUCUCUCAAUGUUUCCUUCUUCUUCUUCUCGCACUUGGGUAUAUGAUGUUUUCCCCAGCUUCAGCGGAGAGGACGUCCUGGUAACUUUCCUCAGCCACUUUCUCAAGGAACUGGAUCGAAAGUUGAUCAUUUCUUUCAAAGACAUCGAGAUUGAAAGAAGCCGAUCACUCAGUCCCGAGCUUGAACUGGCGAUAUUGGAUUCGAGGAUCGCAGUAGUUUUGUUCUCUAAAAACUACGCUUCUUCGAGCUGGUGCCUUAACGAGCUGCUGCAGAUCGUGAGAUGCAAGAAAGAGUUUGGCCAACUUGUGAUUCCCAUUUUCUACGGUUUGGAUCCUUCCCAUGUGAGGAAACAGACCGGAGACUUUGGAAAGAAGUUUCGAAAGACUUGCAGAAACAAAACAGAGGAACUGAUAAAUCAAUGGGAGAAAGCGUUGACCGAUGUUUCAAAUAUCCUCGGAUAUCAUUCUGUAUUGUGCUUUACAUCAUAUUAUAUAGCUAUAUCAACAUUUAUAAUGUUGUCUCAUGUUUGUGAAAUGAUCGUUCUCCGUGUUAGGGGUAACGAAGCAAAACUGGUUGAAGAAAUAACCAAUGAUGUUUUGGGUAAACUGCUUUUAAAUGCAUCGAAGCAUUCUAAGGAGUUUGUUGGCAUCGAAGAUCAUAUUGCUCAGAUGAGUGAAUUGUUAUAUUUGGAAUCUCAGGAAGUGAGGAUGGUUGGUAUAUGGGGUACAGCGGGAAUUGGGAAGACUACCAUUGCAAGGGCUUUGUUCCGUCGACUUUCUCGGCACUUCCAAAGUUCUAUUUUCAUAGACAGGGGUUUCGUAUAUAAGAGUGUGGAAAACUAUAGUAGAUCCAAUCGAGAGGACCCCAGCAUGAAGUUACGUUUACAAGGAAAUUUCCUAUCGGCAAUUCUAGGGAAAAAGGACAUAAAGAUCGAUCAUUUAGGUGCACUGGGAGAGAGGCUGAAACACCAGAGAGUUCUUAUUUUUAUUGAUGAUUUGGACGAUAACGUAGUCUUAGAUACCUUGGCAGGUGAAACUCAAUGGUUUGGAAGUGGGAGCAGAAUCAUUGUGAUUACAAAUGAUAAGCAUCUUUUAGAGGCCCAUGAGAUUGAUCAUAUAUACAAGGUUGAUUUCCCAUCUUGGAAGCAAUCUCUCCAGAUGUUAUGUUUAUCAGCUUUCAGGAAAAACUCUCCACCUGAAGGUUUUGAGAAGCUCGUAUGUACAGUCGCAAACCUUGCAGGUAAUCUUCCUUUGGGUCUUACUGCGUUGGGUUCAUCUCUUCAGGGGAGGAAUAAGGAGUAUUGGAUGGAUAUCUUGCCAAGACUUCGUAAUGGUCUAGAUGGGAAAAUUGAGAAGACAUUGAGUGUCAGCUACGACGGGUUAGAUAGCGAAGAAGAUAAAGCUAUAUUUCGUCACAUCGCAUGCCUUUUCAAUAAUGUGGAAUUCGCAUACCUGAAAUUGUUGCUCGCAGAUAGUGUCUUGAGUGUUAAUAUUGCACUAGAAAAUCUAUAUGAUAAAUCCCUUAUUCAUGUCAGAUGGGGUAACGUGGUGAUGCACAGUUUGCUACAAAAAAUGGGUACAAAUAUUGUUCGCACACAAUCCAUUGACAAGCCCGGGAAACGAGAAUUUCUGUGGGAUUCAAAGGAUAUUUGUGAUGUACUUGUUGGAAACACUGGUACUUCAAGGAUUUUAGGUAUAUCAUUGGAUAUUGAUGAGAUUUAUGGGGUGUAUGUACAUGAGGGUGCCUUCAAAGGGAUGUGCAAUCUCCGUUUCCUAGACAUUUACUCGACGAUAUCUGCACCGGGAAAAGAAGUCGAAUUGCACUUACUCGACGAUAUCUCGAGUUUCGUCGCUUACAUGUCUCAAGAAGAUGGAUAUGUGGGGAUCUCUAAACUUGAAAGAGAUUCCAGAUCUUUCAAUGGCCACCAAUCUCGAGGAACUUAAUCUUCAGUCUUGUGGGAGUUUUGUGGAGCUUCCUUCCUCUAUUCGAAAUCUCAAUAAACUAACGAAAUUAGAAAUGAAUAACUGCUAUAAUUUGAAGACUCUUCCAACCGGCAUGAACCUCAGAUCUCUCGACCACAUUAAUCUCGAUGGAUGCUCGCGGUUGGGGGCUUUUCCUGAAAUCUCAACCAACACCUCCUAUCUCAUUUUGCAGCGAACAGCCAUUGAAGAGUUCCCUACCAAUUUACGUCUCGAGAAUCUCGUUGUGCUUCACAUGCAUUCGAUAAAGAAUGAGAAACUAUUGGAAGGAGUAAAGGUAUGAAGUUCCAAAUUUUAAGUUUUUCUCCGACCUCUUUUACCAACAUUUUUAACAAGAAAUCACUGUUUU